AUGGAGAAUAUUUUUAUUCGACCACCACCUUCUGAAGAUUUUGUUUAUUAUUCAAUAUACUUCCCUUUUGCCAACUCUGAAGAUAAAAAUCAAGCUAUAAUCUUUCUCAAAGAAACAAGUGCUUUGAUUAUUUCUGAAUUACAUCAAUUUUUGAAUGUUUAUAUUUGGCAAAAAGAUGCUUUUAAUUUGAGAAUUUCAAGUACUGCCAAUAGUGACAUUAGUGUUUAUCAACAAACAGGAUAUUCUACAAACGCUUAUCCCACUCAAUCACAACCAAAUACAUAUGGUCAACUUAUCACAAAUGAUUAUACUCAAAUAUCUACCACAAAUUAUCCUGUUGCUGCUAGUACAUAUGUUCCAUCUGGUCAACAGGCAACCAUGAUAUAUAAUCAACAGAGACAAUAUAAUCCUAGUCAAACAACAUCAUCUUAUCAAUAUUUAACUCAACCACAAUAUGGGACAUAUCCACAAAAUAUACAAUAUGCUCAAUCUACAACUGGUCAGUCAACUACCCAAUCUGCUGUACAAGUUUCCAUGCAAACUAUUGGUCAAUCUGCAAUUCAAUCUACAGGGCAACUUCAAGGUAAAAAAUCUCGUUUUAUUAAUUAUAUAUAA